CACAGAUGAAUAACACAUCUUUUCUUCAGACUAAUAAUGCUUAUAACCUACCUUUGUCUUAUACUAGCGAUAAUUAUAAUUCACCUUUGCUUCAUACUGACAAUGCUUAUGACAGUUUUACAGACACUUACUUUAAUAAUAUUAUAGCUUCUGAGAAUAUUUUAGAUGACUUUGGUGAACAGCAAAUUUCAGAAAAUGCAUUUGACAAUUUCAACAAUGAAGCAGAUUUUGAGGACGAAGAUGAAGAAAUGGAACCUGAACCUAGAUAUUUGUUAACUGUGAAUCAGUCUUUUAAAACUUGGAAGGCUGUUGAUGAGUUGUUAGAACAUUAUAGUCAAGAGAAAGGUUUCGCAUUCUGUAUAACUCAUAGUGAAAUUGAUAAGGUUGAUAAGGAGCCUCGGCAUCGAGUGUAUACAUAUACAAAAGGACAAACAUAUAUGCCACGUAAAGAAGCUCAUAUUCUCAACAAAAGAGAUCGAGCAAGGUACUGUCAGUUAACAAAAGAAAUGCAAGAUGAUGUUAGAUUACUCUCAUCCUGUAGUAUGCAAGCUGGCACGAUUAUUGAGGUUCUACAAAAAAAGUAUCUUGAGAAACAUAUUUAUGCACAUAAUAUCUACAAUAUAAUACACGCUAUUCGUUUUGAGAAUUGUGUUACAAGUGAUGCAGGUAGUACCUAUAUCGAAUUAAUUAAAAAACAAUGUGAUGAACCUGGUUACUACGUUAAUGCAAGGUUUCAUGACGUUGUUCUUAUGGACACUACUUUCAAAACGAAUAGAUAUUCAAUAAUGCUUUGUAUGUUGAUAAUCAUUGACAACCACAAUCGUUCACGUCUAGUAGCAACUGCAGUGAUCUCGGAUGAGACAAGUGAUACUUUCUCUUGGAUUUUUGAAAAUUUACUUGAAGCAUCUAAUAGCUUAACUCCAAAAGUGUUAUUCACAGAUGCUGAUUGUGCAAUAACUACGCAACGAGUUGAAUCGUACAAUAGAAUUAUCAAAAAACAUGUUAACGGCUCUUCUUCUCUAUUGGAAUUGAGUAAUACCAUUGAAAGAUUGCUUUUUAAAAAAGAUCAGUAUCAGCGCUUUAAUGAAGUUGCAGGUGUACUACCAGCAAUUCAUAAUGAAGAUUAUUACAAUAGAUAUUUCAAUUUAGUUGAUAAGUCAUAUCAAAAAUUUUUGACAACAGCAAUACUUAAAAUUCAAUGCUGUGAAAUGAAUCUCAGUAUACACUAUCAGGCACAAUUAGUCAAUUUGACAGAUGGACUUCAAAGUCCGAUAACAGAUGAAAUAUCAGCUGGAGAAUUUUCUGAUGAUCUGUUCGAUGCGUUCGUAAUUGAGCUUGAAAAAUUAAUAAGUGAUUUGAAUCAUACACGUAUUCAUGAGAUCUGGAAAGUUUCAUCAAUUGACAUGAAAAGUCAAUAUUUUGUAGUACUCUACGAUGAAGCUACUCAUCUUUGCACUUGCCUAACAUUAAUUAACCGUGCAGUUGUUUGCAGGCAUUUCUUUGCAAUAAUGAUGGUAUCAAAAGUUGCUAAGUUUCAUGUUGGAAAUAUAUCGCAUAGAUGGUAUUUGGAUAAGGUCGUUUGUGAGGAAGAGACAAAGAUUAAUAAUGAGCUAGCAAAUUCAAUAAUAAAUAAUGGAAAUUUUGGAUCAUUUAUGCACAGUAUUCAAGUUAAUUUUGCGUAUCUUGACAGCAUUCGAGGACGGUAUGAAGAAUUAUAUGAAAUGCACCUUAACCUAAUGAAAGAAAUGGAAAUAGAACUUGUAACGGAGGAUAAUCAUAAUAUGGAAGUUGAUAAUAUUAAGCUGUUUGCAGCUUCAAUUAGUAAUCCAGUUGGUAUACAUUCAAAGAGUAGAAAAUGGAAAGGCUUAAAAGAAAUAAGAAUAGGAAUCAAUGAAAAUUUGGCUCGUCAAGAGAAUUGUUGUAGCAUUUGUGAUCAGACAAGACCUAACUCUUGUACAUGUAACUUGGAUGUUUCAAAUAAUCAGAUGGAUGAUGUGAAUAAGGAAGGUUUUAACAAUAUGGUCAACCAUAGUUAUCAUAAAAAUAAGUCUCGACAUUGUGGUGUCUGUGGUCAAAUAGGCUACAAUGCUCGUACAUGUAAUUUGGAUAGUUCAAGCAAACAGAUAAACAAUUUAUUUCUAGAAGGCUAUAAUCAUAAAAAUGAAAUUAAAUCACUAUUAUCGUUAUCAAUUGCAAGUAAAAAUGGUGGAGAUUUAAAUUUAAUGAGUUCAGUUGAUAAGGAUCUUGCCAACAAUAAGUCUCGCUACUGUGGUACUUGUGAACAAGUAGGUCAUAAUGCUCAUACAUAUGACGUUAAAAGGUAG